AGCCAUCUACUGAUGGCGCAACUGCCUCAAUUUGUAAAAGCAUUACAAGAAAAUGGGCAUGCAGAGUCUCCAGUAGCCACAACAGUCUUGACCAGUUUGGAGAGGCUGAGGAACAGGGCCAGUUUCAUUGCCAAAAGCUGUAAGGAAAUAAGAGACAGAUAUGACCAAAAAGAAGAUGGGCUGUACUACCUAACCACAGCCAACGGGGUGGUCUACCAGACCUUCUGCGACAUGACUACUGCUGGCGGUGGCUGGACACUUGUGGCGAGCAUGCACGAGAACAACAUGUAUGGGAAGUGCACGGUGGGCGACCGUUGGUCCAGCCAACAAGGCAGCAACCCCAACUGGCCAGACGGAGACGGAAACUGGGCCAACAGGGUUACUUUUGGAACCGCAGAUGGCGCCACGUCAGAUGACUUCAAGAAUCCUGGGUAUUAUGACAUUGUGGCAGAAGACAUGUCGGUUUGGCACGUUCCCAACAACUCCCCUAUGGAACACUGGAACAUAGCCGCCAUCCUCCGCUACCACACCGAGAGACGCUUCCUCACCAUUCAUGGGGGAAACCUGCACCAACUCUUUAAGCUCUACCCAGUGAGAUAUAAUGCUGGGGCAUGUGACAACACAGGACCUGCCAUUCCAAUCGUGUACGACUUUGGGAACAUAGAGACCACCAGAAAUUUUUACGGACCCCAUUCAAGAACCCAGUUUGAGCCUGGCUUCAUUACUUUUAGGCCAAUAAAUAAUGAACGUGCAGCCAUGGCUAUCUGCUCUGGGGUCAAACCAACACCGAACAUGCGCUGCGACACUGAACAUUACUGUAUUGGUGGUGGUGGACACUUCCCUGAGCAGGCCCCUCGUCAGUGUGGCGACUUCCCGAGCUUUGACUGGAAUGGCUAUGGUACCAACACAGAAUGGAGUUCAUCAAAGGAGAUUACUGAAGCAGCUGUGUUACUUUUCUACCGUUAAAAUCCAUCCUAUUGAUUAUCAAUGCCGUCAGAUGGCAAGAUGUAAAGAUGCAUUUUGUUAAUACUGUUUGCUUAUAAUAUAAUGAACAUCACAGAACUAUGAUUUCCAUUUGUUUAAUCUAUAUGUACCGAAUACAUAAUACGUUUAUCACAUUUCCUUGUUUUAAAAUCGAAAGAGAUGAGUAUUACAAUUUUGUGAAUAUGAAUGACUGAAAUAAAGACUAAUCUAAAGGAAAAUUGA